AUGAUUCUGCAGGGAGGUUGUGGCAGUGUUGAGCUAAAGGGCAGGACACUCAGGUGUCUCUGCUCCGUGAGCCCACAAAAUGUCACCGGAGCCGUGGAAUUUCUCCUCCUGGGGCUCUCAGACGAUCCCCAAGUCCAGCCUCUCCUUUUUGGCCUUUUCCUGUUCGUGUACCUGGUCAGCAUCACAGGGAACCUGCUCAUAAUCCUGGCUGUCAGCAUUGACCCCCGUCUGCACACCCCCAUGUACUUCUUCCUCUCCAUCCUGUCCAUGGCUGACAUUGGCUUUAUCUCCUCCACGGUGCCAAAGAUGAUUUGGGACAUUCACACUCAGAGCAGAGCCAUCUCUCAUGCCGGCUGCCAGGCACAGGUGUCUCUUUUUAUUCUUUUUGGCUGUAUGGACAGUUUGCUCCUCACAGCGAUGGCGUAUGAUCGCUUUGUGGCCAUCUGCCACCCCCUGCACUACUCCGUCAUCAUGAACCCCCGCCUCUGUAACUUGCUAGCUCUGGCGUCUGUUUGCAUCAGUCUGUUGGACUCACAGUUACACAACUUGACGGUGUCACAGCUCACCUUUUGCAGCCAUGUGGAAAUUCCUCUCUUCUUCUGUGACCUCCCUCAACUCCUCAGCCUUGCCUGUGGAGAUACAUCCACCCAUAACCUACUCAUGUAUUUUAUCACUGCAAUCUUUGGUGGUGUACCGGCCUCAGCAGUUUUUUACUCUUACACAAGAAUCGUGUCCUCUGUUUUGAAGGUCUCAUCCACAGGGGGGAGGUCCAAAGCCUUCCUCACCUGUGGCUCUCACCUGUCCGUUGUUUGCUUAUUUUAUGGAACAGGCAUUGGGGUGUACCUCAGCUCAAUAAUCUCCCAUUCUCCCGGAAAGGAGGCGGUGACCUCAGUGAUGUAUACAACUGUUGUCCCCAUGCUCAAUCCCUUCAUCUACAGCCUGAAAAACAAGGACAUCAAGCAGGCCUUCCAGAAGCUUCUCAAUAAAGCAGUCUAA